AUGAUAACUCCUCAAUUUUCUGUUGAUCAAGAUGAUGAAUUCAUCUACAUUAAAAUAAAGGCUCCGUAUAUCAAGGCUCAGAAUAUUGAGUUUGUUGUGGACGAGAAUGUGUUUAUUUUUUCGCUACAUCCAUAUUAUUUGAGACUGAGAUUUCCUGGAAAAAUUAUUGAUGAUGAUGAUAGAUCGAGUGCUAACUAUGACUUGAAAACUUCAAUGGUAUCAGUAAAACUUCCAAAAGAAGUGAAAGGUGAACAUUUUGAAGAUUUGGAUAUGAUCACUAAGCUUCUGGCAAGGAAGAAUGAGGAGACAACCCGUGCUGCAAAGCCAACCAUUGAGGAAAUUGAUACAGAGGGUGGAAAAUCUGGAAAUGGCGAUCUCAGUGUAGGUGAUUCAAGCAAUGAAAUUGCUUCAGCCACUCAAGAGCUGGAUGAGAAGAAUGCAAAUACAAAGUUAAGUUCAUUAGGUGAGGAAUUCGACUGGGAGAUUGAACAGACUAUUCCCGCACCUUUGACAGAUUCCGAGGAUCAAAAGGCGGUAAUGGCAAACAAAUACGGUUUUGAUAAUGGAUAUUCGGGACUGAUGUCUAUGUCGGUGAUGAAUGGAAAUGACAUUAAUGACCUAUCUGAUCCGGAUAAACUUUCUCCUAGUGAGAGGGCUAAAGAGCGAACCGAACUAGAGAUCGAAAAAUUCGACCCGGACUAUUAUCUAUCUGAUCUGUUUGAUAACCCGAUGAUAGAGGAAAUUAUUAGUUGGACGGAAACUUCAGAUGACUCGUUGACGAGUCAAGAAAGUGAUAGACUGGCCCGAUUGUCAAAAAAGACAUAUUUAUUAGAUUCAGAAAAGCAAACUUAUAUCGGACUUGUUUCGCUCCUCUUUGGUAGCUGUUAUGAUAAAAGAAUUAAUAUGGGUGAUAGUACUGUUGAAUCAGCAUGGACUAUAGGAAAGUUGUCACCACUUAUUAGUUGCUUGGAUAAUAGUUUUGCAUCUGUGCAGGAUAUAAUGAUAGGUUGUACCAGGCGAUCGCUGUGUUAUCCUCUGUAUAGGUCUUGGGCUCUGAGUCUCGCUGUGUGGAAUGACGUUUAUCAUGUUUUAAAGCGAGGUAAGCGAGCUGUACUCAAAGAGUUGGCAAAACUAGUCCUGAUGUUUGAUAUUGACCUUUACAAUGUCUAUAACCAGAUUCUGUUGGAAGAUUAUGCAGUAUGGAUCCAAUACAGCUCAGAGAAUGUUAUUCGGAGCUUGGCACAUGAAGUUCAUAAAACCACCAUUAGCAAAGAGUCAAUGGGCUUUGAUCUGUUGGAAUACGAGGAAGCUGCAAAAGAAGCCUUGGCUGAUCAAGACAUGGAUCAAGUUGAUUAG